AGACAGAGAGAGCGAGAGAGAGAGAGAGAGAGAGGCGCUCAGCAGCAUCCCGUCCUGCAGGAGUGUGAUGCAGCCUCACGGAGGAGAGCUGAGCUGAACCGAACCGAACACCGAACCGAGGAGACAGAACCGACAGGAUGUCCCGUCUCCACAUCAGGAGGAUCCUUCUCGCUCUGUGUUUGGCUCCAACUGCGUUGUCGAGCCUGCACCCUGAAUGCGAGCUCAUAUUCCAGCUGAAGCGAGAGGAGCUCAGCUGCCUCCAGGACGUUGCAGAGCAGGCCAACAGAAGCACGGAAGGUUGCCAGCCAUUCUGGGAUGCAGUCGUCUGCUGGCCUCACGCAGUCGUUGGGGAGACGGUCCAGCGAGCUUGUCCUGCGAUCUUCUCCCUCUUCAAAAACAACACAGGUUCAGUGAGCCGUAACUGCACCGGCAGAGGAUGGUCCAGACCUUUACCGCCGUACCACGUCGCCUGCAGUGUGGAUGAUGACAUCCCUGAGACGGAGCAGUCAUACUUUGCCACAGUGAAGCUGAUAUACACCGUCGGGUACAGCAUCUCUCUGGCAGUGCUGGCUGUCGCUGUGCUCAUCCUGUUGCUCUUCAGGAGGCUGCGUUGUGCCAGGAACUUCAUCCACAUCCAGCUCUUCAUCACAUUCAUCCUGAAGGCUGUCGCUGUGUUCAUAAAGGAUGCGACGCUGUUCUCAAGCGAGGACACGAACCACUGCACCCUUUCCACAGUUGCCUGCAAGGCUUCUGUGGUCUUCUGUCACUACUGCGUCAUGGCAAAUUUUUUCUGGCUCCUGGUGGAGGCGCUCUAUCUUAAUUCCCUGCUGCUUUCGUCCUUCUAUCGCAGUCGUCGAUGCCUCUGGGGCUUCAGCCUGCUGGGUUGGGGUGUGCCCGUGCUCUUCAUCCUCAUAUGGAUUGGAUCCAGGGUUUACUUUGAGGACACUGAAUGUUGGGACAUCAACGAGGACUCGCCCUAUUGGUGGAUCAUCAAGGGACCGAUUGGUGUGUCUAUAGCGGUCAAUUUUAUGCUCCUCAUCAACAUCAUCAGAAUCCUGAUGCAGAAGCUCAAUCCUCGGCUCAUCCAGUUCAACAACUCCUCGCAGUACAGACGCCUGACUAAGUCCACCCUCCUCCUCAUCCCCUUGUUUGGCACCCACUACAUGUUCUUCAAUUUUCUGCCCGACUACUUCAGUGUUAACCUGCGCCUCUGUAUCGAGCUCUGCAUGGGAUCCUUCCAGGGGCUCCUCGUUGCCAUUCUCUAUUGCUUCCUCAAUCAAGAGGUCCAGACAGAGGUCCACAUGCAGUGGCUGAGGUGGCAGGAGAGGAGCUACGGGGUGGUGUCACCUGCUGCGAAGGGCAGUCAGAUGGACACACCCUUCUAGUGGUGCCGUGACACGUCCUCGCCCUCCUCCUCUCGGACUGAAUGUCACAGAGGAUUGCUUCUGUGCACAGCAUCAUCUCCUAGUGCGCACCACACACCGCUUCUCGAGUCUGUACGCUUUCACUCCCUACUCUAUCACGAACCAUCAGCCCGACUUCAGGUGAACUUUUCCGCGAGGAAUGAUUCUGAAACUUCAUGACAUUUUACAUACAUUUUUUUAGGACAGAUCAAUUUCAUAUGCAUAUCCCAUUGGACGCUGUGGCAACAACUCUAGAAAGGUCAGCUCCAAGAUUUCCUUGGAGGCCUCCCCAGUCAAAUUUUAAAAAAAAAGGGAUAACUUUGCUGAGCUGAGGUAAGAAACUGAAGCCUGGUGAACAUGUGAUACACCAGACUUUCUUUAAUGAAGCUGUGAUAUCAAGUUAAGCACAAAUGAUUCAUCACUCGGCAGACAUGAGAAUUGAUUGUUAUUCAUUCGUUUUAUUUAUUGGCUAUUUCACAUAUCUUACACAAUCAUGUAUUAUUUAUAUUAUCUAACGAGCACUGAUUGUGAUGUACUGCAAGUAUGUUUAUGAUUUUUAUCUUUGUACUUUAUUGUUAUUUAUUUAAUUCAGAGUAAGAAUGGAGGUCAAAAAGAAAGUCCUCUGUAUCAAUAUAGCUAUUGACUGCAGCUUAAUGAAUGAAUAUCCUAAAGUCUACUCCUGUAAGCAGUGACAUAAGCUGCUACAGUGAAGGUUUUUUUGGAAUGAAAACACUCUUGAACUUUAGUGGCACACUGUUAAAAAACUGUCUACUUUAAGGUCAAAGCCAAUGGAGCGUGUCGUGUUCUGUCAUGUAGUGUUUGACUCAACCAAUAUGAAAAAGUCUCUGCAUCUCCAUUGCCACCUGGGACUUAGCAAAUGGACUGGAAAACUUGAAGAGACACACUAUCAUGGUGAGCAUUCUUAUAGGACACUUGUCGUGCUUUUCCAAAUUUUUUUCAUUCCCUAAAUGUGAAGAUCUUGAAAGUUAAGAAGGUCGAAGCCUGGACCAAUUGAAGCUCCUCUCUCCCACAGAAAUCACUGCUGCUGAAAUGUCUCAGCAGUAGCCCCGCCUUUGAUUUGGUGACUUUGUGACAUCACAGUAUGUCACAGAGUCACAUAUUUGCAUAAUUUGUGCCUAGCAGCUAGUUUGGCACAUAAAAUUUUUUCAGCACCACUGUUCUGUUGUUGUUGUUCAGGGCACUAGUUUGGGCAUUUGUGAGCUGGCCAAUCAGAGCAGACUUUGUAUUCAGGAGGCGGGGGCCUUAAAGAGACAGUGGCUGCAACCGAGUGUUUCAUAUGAGGAAAUACAGAGCUGCAGCACUGGACUGAAUGACAAAACUGUUUUUGAAACACUAAAGAAUGUUAAUCUAUUCUAGUAGCAAACCAAAAUAAAAUUAUGAACCUGAAAAUGGACAAAAUAUGUCUCCUUUGAUUAUUCCAAUCAAUUUACAACUGUAGCUGCUUCUACUGCAUGAUUAUAAAAUGAUUGACUGUUUGUUUUCUUCAUAUUUUAUAACCUGAUAAAAAGUUUAUUUUAUGUAACUGAAACAUUUGUCUUAAACUGAAUGUACAAAAUAUCCGCUGUCAGACUUUUGUUCUUUGUCACUUUUUUCUGUUGUUAAAUUUCUAUCUUUAUCUGCCCUUCCUGUGCCUCUAUCAUGUUUAAUGCAGGCAGAUUUUUUUUUUUUUUUUUUGCUUCAUAGAAUCAUUCUGCAACCUCUUUAACAAAACGAUGAUGUCAUCAGCCAGCAGCUAUGAAUGUCAAAUUAUUUGUAAAAGCUAAACCAUGAAAGCCAUUGGAGAAUUUUUAUGGUUUAGUUGGGUUUAGGCACAAAAAACACAGUAAUUUAAGUGAUGUAUAAUAGAGCUUUCCAUAUGUUUUUAUGUGUUUAGAUUUUGAUUCAGCAACCUGCAAAUUCCAAUUCCAAUAUUCGCUGGUAAAAUACACAGCCUCUGGACUGGAACUAGGAAUGGUAACACUGUCAUCUUCGCUCAGUAGCUAUCAUCGAGUUCCCUUGAGCAAGGCACUAACAUCAUCCAGUUAACUGACAAUAAAUAAGCUCACCUCAUCUUUGUUUACCAGUUCCUACUGAGGUUUGGACAUCUCCUUUUUUCUAGGAGGACCUGGACAAGGCAGUAAAACAAACAACAGCGAUCAAACAGAUUAUAAUUCUAAAACUAGGAUGAGAACAUAGACAGCUAGAGAUGAUAGACUUUUAAUAGAGUUUGCAGUAGUCUUGAGUUCUUCUGUCAAUCCACUUUUUUCUGCUGCAGUGCCUGGAGCAGAAAACAUGACGGCUCACUGCACCAUUUCUGUCUCUAUGUUAGGGACACACCGUAGGCAGCAGGUGUUAGAUCUGAGAUAAUGAGUGACGAUGUUGCAUAAUUUUCACUGAAUCGCUUCAUAGUUUAACAAAUCAAACAAAAUACCAAUGACUCAGUCAAUGUUUGAACUGGACAGAGAUGCUACCAAACAGUACAGCCUAUCAUAAGAAUAGAAAAAUAAUAAAAUAAGUUUGACUUU